UUGAUAAAUGUCUCUGUAAACCUGGAUGCCACUUAUUUCUUCCAAAUGUAAAAUACUAAUCACAAUUAAAGAGGAUGCUAUAAGAACUAACAACCUGCUUCUAAAGCAAUAAUCACCAAUUUCGCUUAUGCAAGAAUUGUAGGUAAUGAAACUUUGCUCCAGAAACUGAUUUUCCUAAUCUCAUCUUUAAUUCUGUUAUUUCCAUUUCUCUUCAUGCAAUUGCUGCACAUGUAAACAUAUUUACUUUUUCUUAAUGUCAACCUGUGAAACUAUUGUGCUUUUGCAUGAUGUUUUUGUCCUUGUCUCCUCCUUUGCUCUCUACCAUUUAGUGAUUACGUUUUCAUGCAUGCACUGCAGGACAAGAGGCGGGAUACAUGGUGUAUAGGAAAACUUUCACAGGAGCAUCCAGGAAAUGUAUACCCUAUCAUCCAACCUAGUGCUUCUACGGUUAAACCUGUGAGACCAAAUCGAGACAUGGGACCACUUCUUCCUUUUGAGGAACUUGUAAAUGAAGAUGUUUAUGUGGAUGAGCCCUUUAAGCAAAAGGACAAUAAUAAAGAUGAUGCUAGCAAGGAUUGUAAUCUCCCAAACCCUUGUGCUUUAUUGCAUGUAACAAACAGGAAAAAGGCACCACGGAAGAAAAGCUUGCCAAUGCAGGAGGACAACAAAUUUCUAGAAUUGCAAGCAGAAUAUGAGAGUUUGUUUCUAAAAUUUGAAACUGAGAGAACUAUAAGUGAUAUACAGCUUGAAUCAUUGAGAAAACAGCUAAUUGAUUCAAAUUCUUUCCAUUCUAAGGAAUCUGUUGAGUCUGUAAAUUAUGCCCAUAAUGGUUGCUUGAUUGUUGAGAAAAAUGCGAAUUUUAGAGAAUCAGAUGCUAUUCUUGUUAUCAAGAGACUUCAAGAGCAGAUUAAGGUUUUGGAAAUGGAAAACUUAUCAAGCCAACAAAGCUUGGAUAAUGUUGUUGAUCUGGUUGCAGAGCAGAAUAUAUGUGGUAGGGAGAAAUGCAAAGAGCUCUAUGAAGAGCUUAUAAAUGCACAACAGGCAGCUCGAUUGGCUAAUGAGCAACUUACUUUCACUGAAACUGUGAGCAACAUUAAUGAUGGAAAUCUUGACUUUCCAAUCAGUGUUUCCAUGGAAAUUGAAGAAAUUGCAUCUGAAAUUCAAAACUCAAGAGAUGUUGUUCAAAGUGCUAUGUUUAUGGUGGAUGAUGCUAUUAAAAGUUUCUCUGCUCUCUGUGAUACUCUCCUUGUUUUCAAAACCUCAGUAUAUGAGGAUUCUGCAGAUCAAAUUUUAAUCUUGAAUAAUUCUCAGAAUUUGAUUUCUUGCCUAAGAAAGAAAAUAUUUGAGCUUGAAAGUGAGAAGGUUCUUCUAGACAACCAAGUAGUUGAUCUACAGAAGCAUCUUCAGGAAUCAAACCUAGAUGCUCAGAAGUCCCAAAAUUCUUUGAUGGAUAACUUAGAACAACAGAAAUUUGAAAAUGCAGAGUUGAUUUCUUAUAUUCAAACUCUUGAAAAGGAUUUAUCUUGUUUGACAUCAUCUACAGUGGCCAAGGAUAGAGAAACUACAAGAAAAGAGCUGGAGAAGGUUAAAACCAAGUUAAAAGAAACCGAGUCUAAACUUAAGAUUGCGAUACAAGAGAAAACAAAAAUUGAGGGUGAGAAAGCCUAUGCGGAGCGAGAGAUUAAACAAUUGCGUGGCCAAAUCUCUCUUCUUGAACGUGAUAUCAAUAAACGUGAUUCACUUGCGGGAAGAAGACGUGAUUCAAUUGUUGAAAGGGGUUCUAAGAUAUUUGAUCCUAAAAGACCAAAGGGCCUAGAACAGACAUUACAGGAUGAGCACAAAAAACUGGAAGUUUUGGCAUUUGAAUCAGAAACAAGAAUUGCUUCGUUAGAAGAAGAAAUAACAGCUACGUUGAAGGAGAAAGAAGAGGUGAUAUCUAUUAAUGAAGGUUUGUUGUUAGAACUGGAAGGCUUGACUGAAAAGCUGAACACAUCAACCACUGAACUAUAUCAUUUGAAGGAGGAAAUUUAUGCUCUUAAGCAAAGAUUGGAAGAAUCUGAUAUCAACCAAGAAAAUUUGAAAAGCUCUAUCAAAGUACUAAUGGAAGAAAAGGAAGAGUUGGCUAUGCAACUCACUGAUUCACUUUUGGAAAUAGAGGAGGAAAGGGCAAUAUGGUCUGCCAAAGAGAAAGCAUCACUUCUAGCUAUAGAAGAACACACAAAGUCAAACAAUGUGCAAAUUACAUCAUUAUCAACAAAAUUAUUAGAAGUAGGGAAUGAAUUGGAAUCUUGUAAAGAAGAAUGCAAAACCCUACGUGAAAGACCAACUACUACAUAUGAACAUUCACAUACCAAGGAAAAUUUCGGGGAAAAGGUUUCGGAGAGGGAUCAACUGGAAAAACACAUUGAAACAACCAAUGCUGAAGGCAAACAAUCUCUAGAACUAGAAAUGUCAAAAGCCACUUCAGAGGUACAACCUUUGGAGAAUGAGCCGCAUGACUGUCCCAUGGAAGAGAAAGAAAAUGAAACUCCGAAGGAACUGGAUGUUCUUGAUAAAGGAGAUACUCUAUCCAACCCGAACGUGCUUCAGAAUCUCGAGACCAAACUAUAUCAUUUGACAACAGAAAAAGAUAUACUGACGAUUGAGAUGGAAGAUCAACAGAAACAAAUGGAAUUUCUGCGAAAGAAUUUCCAGGAUGAGUUAUCGAAGGGAAAGGUCCAGGUUGAAGAACUAAGACAGAAACUUUCUUGUAUGGAAGUCAAAAUGCAUGCGGAUGGUGUAACAAACAACAAAGAAAUGGCUAAGCUCAGAAUGAGACUCCGUGGAACACAAGCAAAACUGGAUGCUUUCCGUUGUAGAUACAAGGAAGCAAUCGAUGAAUCAGUCAUAACAAAUAAGAAGUAUAAAGACCAGUUGGCUUCAAAAUGCGUAGAAGUGCUUAACCUAAAGAAAGAGUUAGCAGCAGUCAAAAGCCAAUAGGAAAUUUGCAUGGUAUGUUAAAGGAUGCAAUCUCGCAUCUUGGGUCACCUCACUCUUUGUUUAUUAAAAUUACAGGUCAGGCCAUCAUUCCAAAUGGUCUCCGUAAUAUGUAAUCUCAUCCAGUUGUGAAAUCUUGAAUGAUUCGUGUUUCAAUUUCAUACAAUUCCUCAUAAUAACUAUGAAUUUCCUGCAAAUCCCUUAUAUUAUAAGAAACUCAAUUAGUAAAUUGUGACUAGGGCAUGAAAUGGAAGAGUUAAGGCAAAUAUGCAAUACUUACUCUCUAAAGGACCACAAAUCAUAGCACCA